UUCAUUUUUAAGGCUGAAUAACAUCAUGACUUGUGUAUAAACAAAAUUUUCCUUAUCCAUUUAUCCAAUUAUAUUGACAUUGGGUUGUUUCCAUAUCUUGGCUUUUGUGAAUAAUGCUCCAGGAACAUGGGGAUAGAUAGAUUCUUUGAGAUCCUCAUUAUGUUUUUUUGAAUAUAUACCCUGAAGCAGGAUUGCUAGAUCAUUUAGUGAUUCUAUCUUUAAUUUUUUGAGGAACGCUAUGUUGUUUUCCAUAGCGGCUGUACCAUUUCACAUUCUCACCAACAGUGUACACAGAUUCUAACUUCUCCAAGUCCUUGCCAAUGCCUAUCCUUUUUUUUUUUUAAUAAUAAUCAUCCUAGCAGAUGUGAGGUUAUGUAUAAUUAUAGUUUUGAGUUGUAUUUCCUUGAUUAUUAGUGAUGUUGAGCAUCUUUUCAUGUACCUGUUGGCCAUUUGCAUGUCUUCUUUGGAGAAAUGCCUAUUCAUUUCCUUCGCCCUUCUUAAAACUGAGUUAUUCAUUUUUGCUAUUAAGUCGUAGAAAUUCCUUAUGUAUUUGGUUAUUAGAUAUAUCAGAUAUAUAGUUUGCAAAUAUUCUCUCCUGUUUUGUAUGCUGCCUUUUCACUCUGUCGAUUAUUUCUUUUGCUGUGCAGAAGUUUUUAGUUUGAUAUAGUACCACUUGUCUAACUUUGCCUUUAUUGCAUAUGCUUUUAAUGUCAUAUACAAGAAAUUAUCACCAAUUCCUAUGUCAUGAAGCUUUUCCUUUACGUUUUCUUCUAGCAAUUUUAUACUGCCAGGUCUUACGUUUAAAUCUUUUUUGGGUUUAUUUUUAUGUGUGGUGUAAGAAACAAGUACAAUUUAGUAUUGUGCAUGUGGAUAUCUAGUUUUCCAAACACCAUGUGUUAGAGAGAUUGUCCUGUCCCUAUUGCGUAUUCUUGGUACCUUACCGAAGAUCAAUUGACCUUAUUUACAUGAGUUCGCUCUAUUCUAGUCCAUUGCUCUAUUUUUCUGUUUUUAUUCCAGGGCCAUACUGUUUUAAUUACUACAUCUUUGUAAUAUAUUUGAAAUCAUCCAACUUUCUUCAUAUCUCUCAAGAUUGCUUAGGUUGUUUCAGAAGGCAGUGGGGAUUAUAAAUGCAAUCUCAGGAAGCCAAGAACACAUUUAUUUUCCAAAGUUCAGUUGUUUUAAUCAAUAGGCUUAUGUCAUUGAUGGAUUUCCAGAGCACUAAAUUAUGUUAAUUACUGCUUUUACCCAUUUUAUAGUUUCUUUUCAGAUGAGAGGAUUUUUCAGCCUCCUUAUACCAUCAUGUCAGAAAUGAAUACCUAUUUCUGAUUUUUCCUCCUUUAAUGUUUUCUGUUGGAUUAAAAUCCGUGUUUCAUUUAUUUUCCUUUUGUAGUUUUGAAGUUAUUACAUUUUAUUUAAAUAUGUUUCACUUCAUAUUUUAAGAUAUAUACAUUACAAUUUUCUAAUGUAGUUUUAGAGUUAAUUUAUAGCUGUUAUCAUUCCCCUAAAAAUGUAACUUGGCAUGUUUUUAUUUUUCUUUCCCCACGUCACAAUCUCAUGGUGUUUUUGUCUGAAAUUUCCGUUCUAACUUUUUUGGACACUUGACAGAAGGAGGGAGAUAUGACUAUAGUGUGUGCCAGGUCCUUCUUGUUGAAAUUAUAGGUAAUAUUUGGAUGUUAUAUUGAAGCGAGUCUAACUAGAGGCUUUUAUUCUGGAAAACUGUUGAGUGGUAAUGCUACCAACUGACCUAGGGAACUAAAAUAUGUUUCCUAUUUUUUUUUUUUUUUGUCAUUGUUGUAAUCUCUCCAGCACUGUAUCUAAGAAAGCUGGAAGAGGUUUAAAGAUGAAUGAGUCUAUUAUGAUCUGUUUUGGAUUAUUUGAAUUUAAAAUGUUUGGAUAUCCAAGUAGAGAUUUGGAUGGGAUAUAUUUGUGAUCCAUUGAUUUAUAAUGUUUAGUUGAAGUCAUGAGAAACACCACUGAGGAAAAAGAAAAUGGCCAAAGAAAGAUCUCCCCGAAAUACUGGUGUAUUAAUUGGAUGGGACGAGGCAUGGUGAACUAAGAAGUUAAAUUCUGAGACGUAGAAUUAAAAAAAAAAGGAAAACAUGUACUCAUAACAACAAAGCUCAUUGAAAAACAGGUCAGUCUAGGGACUCUGAGGGCCUCUUGAUGCAAUAACAAAAGGGUCAUUGAUGACCUUAAUGAAAGCCUUGAAGUGACUGAAAUGUGUGGUGAGAUGGAGGGAAAGUCAGAUUUCCUGGGAUUGAGAGAAAACGUGUCUAUACAGGUAAAACCCCUUCCAGGUAUUUGCCAUUAAGGGAGGGAGAUAAGUUAGGAAAAAGCUAUGGGGAAAAACAGGGCUGAGGAAAAUGGGAAAACAAUUUAGGAGGGAAUCAGAGCUUUGAGGACAGCUGUAGAAAGUCUCCAAGGCAAGGCAUGACUAUGGCGUUGACAUUAGACCGUGGAUGUGUGCCUGGGGCGGGAGAGGCAGGAAGCAGGCUGUUGUAGAAAAUAGUAUGCAAAUGGGUCAUAAGAUUAAAUAAAUCUUUCUAAUCAGUUUUCAGUAUCCAGAGUUCAAAGCGGGAUCUUGAACUAUGUCAACAUUCCUCACCCACUCGGCUCCCAACACCAGCACUUCAAUGGCCCCCACCUUCCUGCUGGUGGGCAUGCCAGGCCUGUCAGCUGUACCCUCCUGGUGGGCGAUACCCCUCAUCACCAUCUACCUUCUCUCUGCUCUGGGCAAUGGUGCCAUCCUCUGGAUCAUUGCCCUGGAGCCCACGCUUCACCGCCCAAUGUACUUCUUCCUCUUCCUGCUCAGUGUGUCUGAUGUUGGUUUGGCCACAGCCCUGAUGCCCACCCUGCUGGGUCUGGCACUCACAGAUGCUCACGAUGUCUCUGCCUCAGCCUGCCUCCUUCAGAUGUUCUUUGUCCAUGUCUUUUCCAUCAUGGAGUCCUCCGUCUUACUCGCCAUGGCCAUAGACCGGGCACUGGCCAUCUGCCGCCCUCUUCGCUACCCAACACUCCUCACCAAUGAUGUCGUCAGUAAAAUCGGCAUGGCCAUUGCUUUCCGAUGCCUAGGGCUUCAUCUGCCCCUGCCAUUCCUCCUGGCCCACAUGCGCUACUGCCAUCCACAGGUCUUGACCCAUUCUUACUGCUUGCACCCAGAUAUGGCCCGUUUGGCCUGCCCUGGCGCUUGGGGUGCCAUCUACAGCCUCUUUGUGGUCCUGUCAGCCAUGGGGCUGGAUCCCCUGCUUAUUUUCUUCUCCUAUGGCCUGAUUGGCAGGGCGUUGCAAGGUUUGGGGUCCAGGGAGGAUCGCUGGAAGGCUGGCCAAACCUGUGCCGCCCACCUCUUGGCAGUGCUUCUCUUCUACGUGCCCAUGACCCUCCUGGCACUCGUUGACCGUCUUAGGGUGCCGCUCCCUCAGCCUGCCCAUACUCUUCUCUCCUAUGUCCACUUCCUGCUCCCUCCACUGAUAAACCCUAUCCUGUACAGUGUCAAGAUGAAGGAGAUUAGAGAGAGAAUAUUCAAGAGGUUGAAGCCCAGGAAGGUGGGCUGUGCUCAGAGAGGAGGAUGUGCCUCCAUGUGUGGUGGUUCAAGGCUACCUGACACAAAGGUUUCCAUGACUGAGAACUCCGUUCAUCGUGCAUGAAAUGAUCCUUCAGGUGCACGAAAGUGCAUAUACACAGAUACACCCACCUGCCCCUAGAAGUGUGUAUGUGCGUAUCGAUGGAAGCUUAAGAGCCCCAGAGAGUGCCAGUGACCUACCCUCUGUUACAUCACAGAUCCAUGACGUAGAAAGGGCCAGAAUCUAAGAGCUGUCACAACCAUUCACGUGUGUGUGAGUGUACCUUCUUCUGCAUACCCAUCAAAAUUCACUGUUACCACUCUUCUUACAUUUUCCAUCUUAUUAGUGAGAAUAAUCUCAUUUUACUUUAUGUCAAAUUUUCCAGUAGUAACAGUGAAUAUCUUUCACAUAACUAUUGGUUAUUUUAUUUUCUUCUCCAUAGAUAGCCUCUUCAAACAUCUUCCACCAUUUUUCUAUUGGACUAUUUAUGGUUUAAAGACAAAUGUGCAAGAACUUCUAGUUUUAUACUUUUACCAAUAUAGUAUUUGUCUUUGUCAUUAUUUAAGCAACCAAAUCUCAAAUAAAUAUAGUUUUAUAUAAUCAAAUCCACUUUUAUAUUUCUUUAUAAUGUUUGUGUUUUCCUAUGUUGCUUUUAAAACAAGUAUCUUAAACCUAUAUAUUCUGCACAUAUUCUUUUAUGUUUUUUUUUUCUGGAAUUGUUACAAUAGUUUUUACUUCUAAGCCUUUCUGUGUCAGAACUCCAAAGUUAUAUUAACCAAGGUGAUUAUGUACUAGUGGCAGCAUCACCUGUUAAAUACAUUCUCUUUUUCUCACUGAAAUAAAAUACUAUGCAUGUCAUCUUUACAUGUAUGUGUAUGCAUAGAGACUGCUUUAGAGAUCUUUUUUAUGGAGCAUGAUAUAUUUAUGUAAUAUAUAUUCACAUAUCACUGAUCUGUUAGAAUAGCCUCAUAGUGUGAUUUAGUUAAUGUGGGUAUAAAGGAUCCCCUCUAACAAAACAAACAAGAGCUGUGGAAUUCUAGCAAGGAUUACUUUGUUUCUUAUAGAUUAAAAAUAAGGGCAUCAGCAUCUGUGAUAACUUUUCACAUCCAAGAAUUUAGGAUACAUGUUUCAGUUGUUAAUCCCUUUUUUUUUAUACUUUUCUGUAAAAUUAUUCACUUUACAUUUAUUUCCUUGUGGUUUUUAAAUGUAUGAUUGAGUUGCUAUUAUAAAUAAAACGUGUCCCCAUUUCCAACUUCUUUUAUAUAUUACUAGAUUGAGAAAAACAUUUUUAUCUUGUACUAAUAUUUACCAAAUUAUCAUAAACAUUAUAUUAGUAUUUUUUUUAAUUUUGGAUUUUAUUUGUACUUAGCAUUCAAAAGCAAAAAUAGAUGAUUAAUAACUUUCCCCUAGUAGUCAUAUCAAUUAUUCCACUUUUCAUUUCAUUCAAUUCAUUGGACCCUCCAACCCUUUAUGAAAGGUUGAGUGACUAUUAAAAUGCUGUUUCUCAUUGCAAUAUAGAUGGCAUUAGUGUUUCACCUAUCAGAAUAAUGCUUGGCAGUUAGAUUUUUGGUUAAGCUUUAUAACUUUCAAAUAGUUCAUUUUUAUUCCAAUUUUGUUACUUUUUAAAUAAACUUAAUCCUAUCGAAUACUUUUUCAGCAUCAACUAACACAAUCAUAAUUGUUUGCUUUAAUAUGUUGAACGACUGAAACACCCUUUUGUAUUUAGAGAACACAUUUUAAUGAAAAGCAGCAUAUUGAAUCCACUUAAUACCAAGACAAGAACACACACUGAUGUAUUAGAACAUAUUCCAGGAACACAGGAAUAGCUAUACCCUCAUAUUAUAUCCAGCUUUUCUGCGAGAUAUAUUAUAUCUUUUCUUAUGAAACUGUUAAAUAAAUUAGUCUCUCCAGGUCACAAAUAAGAGUACUGAGGCUGAGAAUUUAUGCCCCAAGUUUAUAAAAUUAGUCACAAAACAAUUUAUUUUCAGACUUGCCUUAAUCCAGAGCCUCUGCUCUAAAAUCUCUCUUAAAACUGUUGAAUGGAGAAACAGCUUGGUCUUGAAGCAGCAGUGAUGAGGUUUCUUAGAAUUGCUGCUUUCCUGAAGUCCCUUUUUGCCUCCUCCCUCGAACACCUAUCUCCAAAUUCCCAUGUAUUUAUUGAGGGUUUGCUGAUGCAAUGAAAGAAUUUGGAAUCUUGCAGGCCUGGUUCAGAAUUCCCAGGCCACCGUUCCUGUGUGAUUGGGCAUCAGUUGUUCCCACAUUUGUAAAAUAAGCAUAAUGAAGAUGGACUGAACUCAAAUCCCUGUAUCAUGGCGUCUGAAUAUCUAAGAUAUUCAAUGAAUGGUGGUUUUUUGGAAUUAACAAUGAAAUCAGAAUAACUGUGUUUAAACUUCAUGUGCGUAUUCAAUCUGAAUAAAAAACUUCACAGCUCCCAGUUUCUUUAAGUUCCUCUCACCUCAUUAUAUAGACCAAAAACUGCAACCUGGGGCCUGCUGAAAGCACUUUUGAAUGGACCUUUGUAAGUGAGCAGUAGAUGGACUAAACCCAGAAUUGCUGGCCGCCUCCAUGUGAUUAUUACUUCACUAAAAGGGGGGAGCCAAGAACUCGUUCGUGCACAGCAGGGCCUCAACUGCUCCCUCCUGGUUCUCCCAGUCUCCUGGCCACCGGCCACAUCCACCGCAUCCCUUCAAAUCCUUGGUGCCUCGUGGUUGCUGUUACCACUACUGGCCUUCAGGGGGCAGUGUUCUCUCCUCGCGCGCUCUCUGAAAAUAAUACCUCGUCCGCUUGACUCUCCAUUUGUGGAAACACGCAGAUGUUCUUUCUAUUCUUACAGCACAUAAGGGGAUAGAAAUAUUAGCCAGAACAUUUACAACUGUCAGCAAAAUGUAACAGUGAUACGUGGGCGUUAGAUGGCAAUGCAGACCAGGAAAAGCUUUGCAAAACCAGACCUCUGGGCUGUUCCCACUGCUAAACAAAGCCUUUGAGACUUGCAUCCAGAGUUUAAUUGUGUGCGUGUGUGUGUGUGUGUGUGUGAGAGAGAGAGAGAGAGAGAGAGAGAUAGUGUGUGUGAGUGUGUGUCCGUAGAGGAGGAAUUGAUAGUAAAAAAUAAAUGGAUCAAGUACACACUCAGACUGAGUAGUGGGAGUUGUGCUUAAGGGGGCAGCCACUUCUCACUAGGUUCCUUCUGAGUGGCUCCGAGUGGGACAAUCAGCCUAGUUUUGCUGUGGGAUCUUUCCAUUUUUGAGGUGACUUGUAAAUGUCUAUUUUUAUAGGAAUUCACCUCAGAGCUCAGCACUCAGCUGUUUCCUUGUGUAAAUUCGCAGUGUGUCAGUGAGAGAGUUGCAUGCCUGAUGUUGAAGAUACACAUAGGGCACCAUCCAUGGUGCCCCAAGGACUCAGCCCCUUUCCUUUACUAAAACGGCUGCCAAAUGCCAGUGCCUGCCUGGAACUUCCACCUACAAUUUCCUCCCAAAUUGGCUUCAGCCAAAGACAUAUUCUGUAGGUUUCCCUUUCACAUUAUCCCAAAGUGUGUUGUAUAUUUCAAACGUUAAUGUACAUGCCAAUCACCUAGGAUCUUGUUAAAAGGCAGAUUCUGACUUAAUAAGGUCGAAGCGGAUAUGAGAGUCUGUACUUCUACUUUCCAGAUGCGGCUGCAGCAGCUCAGCCUACCGCCCUUUAAGCAGCAAGGAAGAAAACCUACGUAGACAAACUUCCACACGUCAGAAAGGGCUUAAUGGAAACCACAGGGAGGAAUCAAAUGCUAGGAGGCAAAUACAAAGAUGCUAAAUGGUCCAGGGUCUUACGGAGUCCUCCCAGUGACAGUUCAGCUCCUCCUCAGAAGCUUCUCUGGAGUCUUACACUUCAGUCUUACACCUGAUGGUAGAUAUCCUUAACCUCCCAAACACCAGCAGCAGGAUUCCUACCUACUUCCUGAAGCCAAGAUCCCUUCUUCCUUAAAAGAAAAGCUGUGGUGUAGGAGAUCCCUGAUAAGUAUUAACCAAUUACUUAACUAAUUAAUAUAAUUAAGGACUACGAAGUAAACAGAAACAUCUCCUGUUGGGAAGAAAUAUUAGUCUGCCUCUAAGACAAUUUGCUGUAGAGAGAAAAAUGGAACCUUUACCUUUGCCUCAUCAUUUAGACUUCAGACCCAGUUUUUCCAAUUUUUCCAAGACCUUCACUCUAAUCUGCGGAGUUUUCAUACAGUACACAGUGGGAUUCAUCAAGGGUGGUACCAGCAAGAAUGGGUCCGCUGUCAGAAUCACAGCCAGAGGGGAUUUAUGUUUGGCAAAGCAAUGCAUGGUAGCCAAGGUGAUGAUGGGCACAGCACAGAUGUGGAACACUCAAGUGUUAAGAGCUUUAAACCCAUCUGCAUGGGAUGCUGUUCCCAGUAGCGUCUUCAGGAGGCACACACAGGAGACAGCAAAGAACGUGCUGUCUGACGUCACGCAGAGCGGGACACACAGGCCAUAGCAGAAGUUCACCCUAUUGUCAGGGCAUGCCUGCCUCGUGACACCUGGAGGUGGAGGCGUAGGAGUGGAAUAACAGGUGUUUCUUACAAUAUCUGGAUCGCUUUAAAGUGAAAGGGAGGGGAGACUAGGAGAACACUUUUAACAGCAAAUGCUAGCCCCAUUUGCAAAACUCUGCAGCUAGUAAGGAGGGAGCUGUAUCCCUGGGGGGUGCGAAUGGCAACCAAGCGAUCCAAGACAUGCUCAGCAGUCCCGAGAUGCCAUGUCUGUGAACCCGUGGUGAAGAAUUCCUGGGCAGCACAGGCGUCGGCAGAAAUCCCCGUGGCCUUGAACAAGGAGGUCCUCAGUGUGGUGGGAAGAGCAGAGGGGGCAGGCCCAGGUCCGAUGGCGCCGACAUGGAUAGGAAACACGACACGGGCUCGUGCAGGGAAGGCUCUGUCCUGAUGACGACUAGGGUGGUGCCAUUGCCCAGGAUGCCCAUAAGGUACAUGAGACAAAUAGGGAUGCAGAGCCAAACGUGCCCAUGCCCAUGCCCUGGAAUCCCAAUCAAAGGAAGGGAGAGGUGGCCAUUUCCGAGGCAUUGAGAGGAAACGUCUUCAAUAUGCCUUUUAUUUAUCUUCCCCUGGUAGAUAAAUAACAUGAACAACCAACAGAAAUUCUCUUAGUUAUAUUUACUGAAUGCAACUAAGUUCCAUUGUCAGUUACAUGAAAAUGAGCUCCCAUUUAGGUGACAAGAAAUAAUGUAACAUAACUUUUUCUAUAUAAAGAAAGAUACAGAGUAAAUUUAAACGGGUUCUUCAUGAUAUUUAUUUAAGACCUUACACUCUUCGAGUCUAUCUUUAUUCCCUAACAUACUUCUAAACAACCCUAUAGACCUAGCAAGCUGCUGUAAUAACUGUUUUUUAACCACUGUUGUUUUUGCGGUUGAUGCAUUAAGUAAACUAAGCUGGAAUAUAUUGCAAUCUGGAAAAGCAGUAACAUCGUGGAUGGGGUCACUGGUCCUGCACUCCUACAGACCAUAGAUGCUGCAGCAGCAGGAGUCAAAGAUGCCCCAACCUCAUAUUAUCGUGCAUGGAACAUGUGUGUGAAGAUAUAAAAUUGAUCUCUCCCAGUACUGAGUGUCCUUUUUGUCUCAGCCCUUCAAAGGUGGUUGAUGUGCCCUUGACAUGCAGUACCUGCCACAGUUGUCAUCUGUAGGUGCCUAAAGCUCUCAUACUCUCUCAUGCAGUUACUGCUGGUCCUGCUCAGAAUGGCCACCGCUUUUGCCCUUCUCUCUUUGUUCUUGAAGUUUUUUCCCCUUGCUCUUGGCUUCUCUGUAUCUACCCUUAGAGGACCAAUUCAGGUACCUGCCUUGGGUUUUUCGACUUGAUCCUGUUUAUACUCCUGGCGUCGGCAUCACUGACACCUUGGGUAACUCUCCUUUUAAAAGUGUUAGACCAGAAAACCCCAGUGGUGAAACUGAUGCACUCUGCCCUUGUUGGGGGAGUGGGAUUCAGACAGAGAAAAGGGAUAACCCAUUGUCCAUUCUUGUUCAAAAGUCUCUGCAAAAUAGAUCAUUUCCAAAGUGCCAUGUGUGAGGCUUUUCUUGGCAAGCUUCCAACCUAGCUCAGGUAACUAAAGGAGUUACUGUUGAUAACAUUAUUUUUUCAGCUGUGUCCAUUAGGCAAAUAUAAAGAGGUUCUCCCAUCCUACACACACAUCCUAAACUUUUCAGCUAUCAGUGCUGUCCCAAAUGUAGCAUGAUCCCUUAAGCUGGAGAACCCAUGAAACAUGUUUAUUUCAGCCCUCUGAAAGGCAUAGGGUUGACCUCUAUAAAUUGCAGAGUUUUCCUUGAGAAACAUAAAACCAACUCAAGGAAGUCAGGUUGAGUCUCUAGGACACCUACCAGGCCACCUUAUCCCAGAGCAAGGGUGGAGGGGGUUCAAAUUAUUCAAAUUCUGUGGCUUAUUUGCUCCAGCACCUGCUGGGAAUCUACCUCCUUACUUAUACUCUCUGGCACAGACACAUCCUUCUGAGCAUCAACAAACAUCUGGGCCCCUGGGAAUACUGGCUCCACUUGCUUAAUCACUGUCUGUCCAUAAGGCACCCUCCUAAGAAAAUGCGGAGUGCAGGCUUUGUCUUACAGUCAUAGGUCUAACCCUUGGAACCCUGUCCCCCCAUCAGUGCAGGACCUGGGGACAGCCAGUCUCAUAUAUUGAUGAGGCAGCCUGCAUCCUGCUGAGGUUCCAAGGUUAAGUGUAUGCCUUAAGCAGACUCGGUGUGAGACUCUCACAGACCUUAUGUGGAAUUCUGCCCCCAGAUAUGUUCUCUUUGAUCAUCACAAUGUCUAAUUUUAUUUUCAAUGUGAAUGCAUUGAGUAGGUCAUGAGCUCUCACGACUGUCAGCUUGUGGAGAAGGAGAGUUGUCUGAUGUGUGUGGAUAUACGUGGACUUCUGCACUUUGCUGAAAGGCUUGGAUAGUUGGCCAGGGGGUGGAACGAGGACCCUUGAAAGAAAAGAAGUAAGUCUCUAGAAGAUGUAUGUUAAGUACACGUUGACAUGGUCAUAAGCGUGAAAAUCUUUUUGUCUCAUGCUGUUACCCGCCCAACAGUACCCACCUCAGGGCAGGUACUCAGUAACCAGGUAGAAAGAACCUACUUGUAAUUAUCACCCUCAGCCUUAGUGCCACCCCUGCUGGUCUACUGGGCCCACAGGUGGAGUCGUAAUGGCAGAGCUGGAAAUAAAACAUGACCCAAAAGUAUGAGCUCCCUUUUGCCAGGGCUAAUCGUGGGGAAAUGUUGAGAAAACAGUGCGAUUCUCACUCCUGGGAUGUUAGCAAUGUUACUACAACCUUUUAAUGUUCAGCUAACAGCAGCAGUAACUGAUCCAGAGCACUUGGUGUGAUAUUUUGUAUUUACAUGGGCCAUGCCCCGACACAAAAUAAGGACAAAAGGAAGUCUACCACAGAAGAUCCAGUGAUAAAUUGUACUGAUGUGUGUUUUAGGAUUCAGUCCAUAGUAUGUCUACUUUGGAAGCAUCCAGAGAAUUGAGAGGUUUUUUUAAAAAAAAACAAAAACAAAAACAAGCAACUAUCCUACUAAUUGAAAUGCUUUUUGUAUAGCAUUCAGAAAAGAACA